UCGGUCAAUGCCGAUGAGAGUGAGAUGAGCAGCAGCUUGAGCUCCGUCAACGGCGGCGACGCCAACGAGGCCAGCUCCAGGAGCCUCUGCCCUUCGAAGCCGCACAUGGCUAAUGACAGGAGGUGGGAUGCGAUUCAGUGUGUGCAGGCUAAAGAUGGGGAGCUGGGAUUAGGGCAUUUUAGGCUUAUGAAGAAAUUGGGAUUUGGGGAUAUUGGGAGCGUUUAUCUGGCCGAGCUGAGGAGCGCUGGGUGCCUCUUUGCUAUGAAAGUGAUGGAUAAAGGGAUGCUUGUGAGUAGGAAGAAAGUGGCGAGGGCUCAAACGGAGAGGGACAUUCUUGGUUUGUUGGAUCACCCUUUUCUUCCUACUCUGUAUUCCCAUUUUGAAACGGACAAAUUCUCGUGUUUGCUCAUGGAGUUCUGCAGCGGCGGCGACCUGCAUUUGCUCCGCCAGCGACAGCCGGGGAAGCAUUUCGACGAGCAAGCUGCAAGAUUCUAUGCUUCGGAAGUGUUGCUUGCGCUUGAGUAUCUUCAUAUGAUGGGAGUCGUCUAUCGAGACUUGAAGCCCGAAAACGUUCUAGUCCGGGAUGAUGGCCACAUCAUGUUAUCCGAUUUCGAUCUCUCCUUGAGAUGCUAUGUGAACCCGACUCUUCUCACGUCUGGUGAUGGCACAUCUUGUAUGAUCUCCUCCUAUUGCAUCCAGCCGUCCUGCAUUGAUCCGGCCUGCAAACUGCCCGUUUGUGUUGAGCCCUCUUGCUUCCAGCCAUCUUGCUUCAAACCCUUCCUUUUCUCCUCAACAUCAACAAAACCAAGAGGUGAACGAACAGCAACACGAACAAGAACGCCUCCAGUGAGCUCAGACUCCCUCCCAGUGCUCGUGGCAGAGCCAACUGGGGCCCAUUCCAUGUCUUUUGUCGGGACACACGAGUACCUAGCCCCUGAGAUCGUCAGAGGAGACGGCCAUGGCAGUGCUGUUGACUGGUGGACGUUUGGGAUUUUCUUAUACGAGCUCCUCCACGGGAAGACUCCAUUCAAAGGGAAUGGCAACAGGGAGACGCUGUUCAACGUCGUGGGGCAGCCGUUGAAGUUCCCGGAAGGCUCAGCGAUCAGCUUUGCUGCGAAGGAUCUGAUCCGAGGCCUGCUUGCAAAGGACCCGCAAAAGAGACUAGGGUCCAAAAGAGGAGCCACAGAGAUAAAGCAGCACCCUUUCUUCGAAAGUGUGAACUGGGCGCUCAUCCGUGGCACCACGCCUCCUCAGAUCCCCAAGCCGUUGGUUCUCGCCUCGCUCAAUCAGACGUUGAAGUCGUCGUUGCUGUCGUCUAACAAGAGUGCUACUGAUUCAGAAAGGUCAUCUGGCCUUUACUUAGACUUUGAAUUCUUCUGAAAAAAAGCACUCCAAAUUGUUGUAGUAUUAUGUAACUUUGUGCUUGAUUUCUAGUCUAAUUUUAGCAAUUCUUUUUUCAUAAUCUCUGUCUCUGUUUAAAGAAAGCAUGCUGUUGGUAAGAUGAUGAUGAUGAGCUUCAGGGAAUGACAGAGGCAGCUCACAGCAUAUUUUUUUUCUGAGAAAGGGGAAAAUUUGUCUGCAUCUUCACAAUUCUUGGUCAC